UUGAAAAUCUGUUCUAGUACUGAGGGAGGCGGCGGCUGGGCUUCAGAUUAAGAAUCAUGGUUGAAUGCAUUCUCUACCCCAACCUUUUUCUUUUAUUCAGAGGUGUGGAAGUAGAAGCAGUGCUGUGGGUUUUUCCAUACCAAACUCAAGGGACUACCAUGUGGCAAAGAUAUCAUUGCUUCUUAUCUUGGUUCCUGCCUCUCCAGCUGUCGGUCGCUGUGUCAGGUGGCCAGCCAUGCAUGGCAAGGAAUUUUGGUCAGGGCUCGCUGGUGUGUGAAUGUGGGGCCAACUACUGUGACACUUUGGGACCUAUCUCCCUCCCUGCCUUGGGCUCUUUUGCCAAAUAUGAAAGCAACCAGGCCGGGCACCGCCUUGAAAGAAGUGAAGGAAUGCUGCUCAGAGAACCUCCAGAAAAAGAAAGACUCAUUUUGAGAGUCACGCCAUCCCAAAAAUAUCAAAAGAUCAAAGGCUUUGGAGGGGCCCUCACAGACUCAGCUGCUAUCAACAUCCUUUCACUCUCCCCAAAGACUCAGAUGAAUCUUCUCAAAUCCUAUUUUUCCAACGAAGGCAUUGAGUACAACUUGAUUCGUGUACCCAUGGCAAGUUGUGACUUUUCUGUCAGGCUUUACACUUAUGCAGACUCUGAGUAUGACUUUGAGCUGAAAAAUUUCAGCUUGACUGAUGAGGACACAAAGAUGAAGAUCCCAAUCCUUCAGCAAGCUCAGGCGGUUGCCUCAAGACCUCUCUCUCUCUAUGCCAGUCCCUGGACUUCUCCCGUCUGGAUGAAAACCAAUGGGGCAAUGACUGGGCGUGGGACGCUCAAAGGGAAACCAGGAGACAAAUACCACAAAACUUGGGCCAACUAUUUCAUCAGGUUCUUAGAUGAAUAUGCUAAGCAUAAUGUGACUUUUUGGGCGGUGACUGCAGGCAAUGAGCCAACAGCUGGAGAUGUUAUCUUCUAUCCCUUUCAAUGUCUGGGAUUUUCUCCUGAGCACCAGCGGGACUUCAUUGCCCAGGAUCUGGGCCCUGCUUUGGCCAAGAGCUCACACAAGGGCAUUGACCUGAUCAUUCUAGAUGACCAAAGGAUCAUGCUCCCUUACUGGGCUGAAGUGGUUCUCAAGGAUCCUGUGGCUUCCCAUUAUGUCAAUGGAAUUGGUAUCCACUGGUAUUUGGAUUUCCUGGCACCUGUCGACUUGACGCUUUCCAACACUCACCACCUCUUUCCAAAUUACUAUCUCUUAUCCACUGAGGCCUCCACAGGAUCCUACUUCUGGGAGCCCCGUGUGCUGCUGGGAGGCUGGAACCGUGGGAACAAAAACAGGCAUUGUUCCCGGGAGGGAAGAAAAUAUCUUGUUCCAACUCCCAUCUCCUUGCAGAAUCUCAACCACUAUGUCACAGGCUGGACUGACUGGAACCUGGUGCUGAACAUGGAAGGCGGACCCAAUUGGAGCAAGAAUUAUGUGGACAGUCCUAUUAUUGUGGAUGCUGCCAAUGAUAUAUUCUACAAACAGCCCAUGUUCUACCACUUGGCACAUUUCAGCAAGUUCCUCCCAGAAGGAAGUCAGAGGAUUGGCAUCCAAAGCAGCAAAUGGACUGGCUUAGAAUUCUCAGCCUUCCUGAGGCCAGAUGGCUCAGUGGCCAUUGUGGUCUUGAAUAGGUCCCCUCAAGACAUCCCUUUGGCCAUCUCAGACCCCACCAUGGGCUAUAUUGAGGCAGUGGCAACUGCGAAUUCUAUCCAGACCUUUCUCUGGCAGCGGCCUAUGAGAGGCAGGGAUCAACCUGAUCCACGGGAAGCAAGGGGCAACCACUUGAAUUGGAAUGGUUUGUUUCCAUGAGAAGGACUACUGCUCGAGAAAGCUGGGCAAGCUAGUCCUGGAGAUGGGUCUUUAAACCUCAGAAGGCCUGAAUGAACCAGAAAGUCCAAGAGCAGAAUGAGUGCCCUCAUCAGCUGAGUUUGUUCUCUGUCCCACAUUUUCACACAAUAAAAUAAGCUGAUAUUGUUGUUUUUCUAUAUAUCAGUCUGUUUGCUGACUUUCCUCUGGAAGGGCUGGCAGGGAAGAUAGGAUCAAAACAUUUUUGUUGCGGGAGACAAAGAAUAAGAUGAUGCAUCGUAUCCUGGGCUUGGUCUUCUUUGGAGAAAUGAUUUAUGGUGAGGAUUUUUGCAAAAUGCCCCAAAAGAAACU